UGUCGAAGCGGGAAUUUAUCGCGAUAAUUGUGGCGCGAUGACGUCCUCUUCGAGUCAGGGUAUCCAUAUUUCUUCGCCCGGUGCCUUUACGUACUGUGGCCGACGGUCCCCAUUCUCGACGUCCUCCAAAAGACACAUGGUUGUUUGAGAUGCACAGUAUCUGCGUGGACCUGACCUUUCGGUCUGCUGGAACAGGUACUGACGACAUCAGCUCCUCCCUCUGUGCUGCCAUCCAGACCCGCUCCCUGGCCGCCGGCGUCAAGUAGACUGUACAAUGUCCACUCCGGCCGUCUGCAUGAAUGAGAUCAUCUCAACAGCUUCUGCUUCGCGUCUCGCGAACCGAGGACCCCUGCCGGGACAAGCUUGCGGCCCUGCGCACACACGGGCAGAGAGCUCUGCUAAAGCUGGCCGUCUUGUUGGCUUGGGUCUCGGGGGGAGCAGGCUCCUGGCAGAGCAUAUAAGCGCUCGGGGAACCCACUUCCUGAGGUUGGGCGAGAAGCUGAUAUUCGUGUGAAGCCUCUGCUAUCUGAUCUCUCUCGUCGUUCUGCUUCGUCUUGUUGUUGUGACAGAAGCUCCGGAAGCCAUCCCCUUACACGCCAGCAUCAAGAGCCGUCCCUCCCUUUUGGUACCCCAUUCGCCUUCGUUGACAGUUCCCACCAUCAUGCCUGGCGUCCAAGACUCCGAGGUGGCCUCCAACGGCACCCAAAACCUCCACAAGGCUGAGAGCAAGGCUCAGCAUGCCAUCCCCAUCCCGGAUGAGGACGGCGAUGGCCCUAUCGAGGUCCCGGCCACGCGGUCCUCCGUCUCGGAGGCCGCAAAGUACAUGCACAACCUGAGUGUGGUGCCCUCCAUGAAGGACCGCAGGGGAUCUCGCAACUCCUUUGGUGCCUCGCUGCCCAUCCCCAGGAGGCAGUCUCGCCAGUCUCGCCUGUCUUCUGUGCACUACCCAGACCGUGACUCUGCCACCGGCCGCCCUACACGGCCUGGCAUGCCACCGAUCCAGCCCACCCGCGCUCUGCUUGCGUCUCAGGUCCAGACCAUCGAGACCGAGAAGGUCAAGAAGGCCAAGAACAUGGCCUUUGCCUUCGACAUCGACGGUGUCCUGGUCCACGGUGACCGUCUGAUCCCAGAGGGCCGCAAGGCCCUGGAGAUCCUCAACGGCGAGAACGAGCUCGGCAUCAAGAUCCCUCACAUCUUCCUCACCAACGGUUCUGGAAAGCCCGAGGUGGCCCGUUGCGAGCAGCUCAGCAAGAUCCUCGGCCAGCCCGUCCACACCGACCAGUUCAUCCAAUCCCACACUCCCAUGUCCGCCCUGUCCGAGUACUACAACACCGUCCUCGUGGUUGGUGGCGAGGGCUACAAGUGCCGUGAGGUCGCCGAGCAGUACGGCUUCAAGGACAUUGUCGUGCCUAACGACAUUGUCGCCUGGGACCCUACCAUCGCCCCCUACCGCGUCUUCACCGACGCCGAGCGGGCCACCUCCCGCCCCCGGGACUUCUCCAAGAUCAACAUCGAGGCCAUCCUCGUCUUCAGCGACAGCCGCGACUACGCCACCGACAUGCAGAUCAUCAUGGACUUGCUGCAGUCCGAGAACGGCCGCCUCCACACCCGGGCCAAGGACCCUGUCUCCCAGCGCAUCCCCAUCUACUUCUCCCAGGGUGAUCUGCUGUGCCCCACCGAGCACCCCACGCCCCGUAUGUCUCAGGGUGCCUUCCGCAUUGGUCUCGAGGCCAUGUACAAGGCUCUUACCAACUGCGAUCUGGAGCGUGUCGUCUACGGUAAGCCCGAGCUGGCUACCUACAAGUACGCCGACGAGGUCAUGGCCAGCUGGAUGGGCGAGCUGCACGGCGAGGAGAAGCUCCCCGAGAACAUCUACAUGGUCGGUGACAACCCGGCCUCCGACAUCAUCGGUGGCAACAUGUACGGCUGGAACACUUGCCUGGUCCGCACUGGUGUCUUCCAGGGUGGUGAUAACGACGAGAACAACCCCGCCAACUUUGGUGUCUUCCCCAACGUCCUCGAGGCCGUCCAGACCGCCCUGCGCAAGGAGCUCGGCGACGACUUCAAGAUGAGAUUCGACGAGAGCAUCAACCCCCUGCACUCGGAGGAGUCUCAUGCCGUCGCAAUCGAAUAAGAGUCAAGCUUUGCUUGCUAGUAGCGUCUUUUUCUUCUUUUUUCCUUUUUCGAAGUUUUAAAUUUCAUAUAGACUGGGUUACUGGCGUUUCAGGGGUUUCUUCGAUGUGAUGGGCACAUCCUGGGGGAUUUCCGAGAACGUCUCGGUAGGUGACUGCAUCAAGAUUCACGGCAUAGACACUUGAUCUAGAAUAGAUCCAACAUUAGAAUUGACGAUACCGACAG